CCCGCCGCCGCCCCGCCGCACCAAAAGUCCACUUUCUAGCCAUGGAGAACGAUCAGGGUAUUCUCGUUGACCUUUACGUCCCCCGCAAGUGCGCGGCGACCAACCGCCUCAUCACCUCCAAGGACCACGCCUCCGUCCAGAUCAGCGUUGUUGAUGUCGACGCGGACGGCCGGGCACUCUCCACCUCCACCACCUUCGCGCUUAGCGGUGCGGUCCGGGCUAUGGGCGAGAGCGACGACUCCCUGAACCGUCUCGCGACGAAGGCCGGUCUCCUCCGGAACGUGUGGUCGUACCAGAAGUGAUCUCGCUCUCGUAGGGUUGCUCUUGUUGUAUCCAUCCCCCUAUCAUCAUCUCGCUCUCCAGCCCACGGGCUAUUUGUAAAAGAGGCAACGCAUCCUGCUAUCCGGUGUGCAUCCCCCCAUCAUCCGGCCGGUCACUCGCAUGUCCUCGAAGGUCGCAAUCUGAGCUCGAAGAAUGACGUAUAGCAGAAUGCUUUGGCUUCCGAUACAUCUGGGCGCAACGUGUCUUUAUCGC